AUGGCGCAAGCCUCGGACGCCAGAAGCACGACGUCUGCCACCAACAAUGCCACGGUCUGGGAAAAGACAAAAGGCUACUCGAGUACAGCCUAUGAAAAAGCCUUGAAACCCGGCUUCAACAAAGCCUACAACUUUGUCAACAAAUUGGAAAAGCCGGUCAACAAGUACACAAACAAGGUCGGGUCCGAAACAUUCUGGCCAACCUCACUAGACAAAGAGUCCGAAAAGGCCGCUCGCAUUCUUAGAGGGUUCUGCAAAGAUGGUUUUUACGAGCACAUAGAGGAGAGUGAAGCGAAAAAGAUAGAAGAGCGCAAUGCCACCGCAGAAGGAACCCCGCAGGGGAAACAAAGAGUACUACAAAAAAUCCCGGCAAAGGUGAUCAAGAACUGUGUCGGUCUUGCGAUAUUCACAACGAUGCGGACAGGAUGGCUGUUUGGCGGGUCUGGAGGCUCCGGUGUUCUGAUCGCCCGACACCCUGAAACGGGCGAAUGGGGUCCUCCGAGUGGUAUACAGACACAGAAUCUGUCCUUCGGAUUUCUCGCUGGUGUCGACAUCUAUGAUUCGGUGCUGGUAAUCAAUACACACAAGGCACUCGAGGCUUUUAUGAAGUUAAGAUGCACAUUGGGAACGGAAGUCGGUGUCGCCGCGGGGCCUGUCGGUAUGGGAGCCACCCUCGACACGGAAGUGACCAAAAGGCAGGCGCCCAUCUGGUCAUAUGUAAAGAGCCGUGGUCUUUACGCGGGCGUCGCUCUGGAAGGAAAUUUGGUGAUCGAAAGGACGGACGAGAAUGAGAGAUUCUAUGGCGAACGUGUCGGAGUCGCCGAUAUUUUGGUUGGCAAAGUUCGCUACCCACCAGUUGAAAAGUAUCAGGUUCUGCUGGACACCCUGAAAGCCGCGCAGGGUGACGAAAUUGAUCAAGCUCUGCUUCCAGAAGGAGUGGCCCCAAGUGAUAUGGAGCUUCUUGGAGAUGGCACCUUCGGUAUACCCGCAGAAGAUGAUCCCGACCCGUACGGCGUCAAAGCCCUCGAGGCCGAAGGUCUCACUAUCCGAGAAGCAGGCACUCACCAGCGACCCAGCGCCGAAGUCUUUGAGUUCAGGCCAUCGCCAACAAGCCCUAUAUAUUCACAUUUCUCCAGGAAGAGCGUUGAUGGGUCGAUUCGGAGUCGAACGUGGAGAGACAGCACUCACAGCUUAGCUAGCAUUGAUCGGGCAACGCAGACUGACGAGGAUGAGCCCAAGAGUGGGAGUCACAGCCCCAAAAGGGAGUCUAUGCGAAGCACCGAAACGUCAAUGAAGCACAGCCAAAGCGUCGACGACGAAACUGACGAACAUCAAGAGCAACCGGAAUCCUUCUCUGAUGUCGACUCAGAUGCCGAGAUACAUACUGCUGUACCAGUAGUGGCGCGAGCGAGAGUGGUUGAAGUACCCAAACGUGCACCACCCGCUCUACCUCCCAGAAAUCCUGGACGAGUAGCUUCGCCAACUUCACCCACGCCUCCUGCGGAUGGAUUUGACCGAAUCUCGUUGAACGACGCUACGGAAGAGAAGCACGAAGACUUACACAAGUUGUCACCUACCACCACACACGAAAAUACUGAACCGAGUUUUCAUUCGGUCCCAGUGACGCCUAAUGAGGAACGGAGAGAUUCCAGAGAUUUACCUGGAAGUUUCCAAUGA